CGGAUGCAUUCAAACGGUGCACCGCAUCCAGUCUGCCCUGACAUUUGUUUAGACCGAUGACAAAGUUUGCUGUCAACUCCUGAUCAAUCCUCCACCAUGCUGUCUUACCACGCGGUGUUUGUCAGGAGUCGCUCUUUAACAUGCUCUCACCUUAGAGGCAGCAGAAGAGCCCUGAAGUGGCUUUUGGGAAACGUACAGCAUAGAACAUUCACCUUCUCCGACCUCAUAAACUCUCCGGCUGGUGCAAAAGUUGCUCCCGUUUUCUCCAGAGCUCCUGCAUAUGGAGACAAGGUGGCUAUUAUGGAUCACAGCGGGAGCCACACCUACCACUCCCUCUACAAAAACAGCAAAAUCCUGGCAGGACACAUCACUAAAGCACUCACCUGCCAAUCAGGAGACCUGCAGGGCAAGCGUAUCUCAUUCCUCUGUGCCAAUGAUGCAUCCUACACUGUGGCGCAGUGGGCGUCCUGGAUGUGUGGUGGCAUUGCUGUGCCCCUCUACAGGAAGCAUCCUCUGAGUGAGCUGGAAUAUGUAAUUUCAGACUCCCAAAGCUCGCUGCUGGUAGCUGGACAAUCUUUUGUGGAUACCCUUGAGCCCCUGGCCCAGAAACUAGGGCUACCCUGCCUAAAGCUUCCCGCCAUGUCCAGCCAGUCUGAGGACACACAGACACUGCCCGAGGACAUGAUCUCAGACUGGGCAGAGAGGCCAGCCAUGCUCAUCUACACCAGCGGCACCACAGGCAGACCGAAAGGAGUGCUCCACACCCACAGCAGCCUGCAGGCCAUGGUCCAGGGGUUGGUUUCAGAGUGGGCAUGGCAUAAAGAUGAUGUCAUCCUGCACACGUUGCCCCUCCACCAUGUGCAUGGCAUCGUGAACAAGCUGAUGUGUCCACUGUGGGUCGGAGCCACCUGUAUCAUGCUGCCAGAUUUCAGUGCUCAGAAGGUCUGGGAGCAGUUGAUCUGUUCGAAGUCUCCUAUGGUGAACGUGUUUAUGGCUGUUCCCACCAUCUACUCCAAACUCAUUGAAUAUUACGACCAACAUUUUACUCAGCCUCAGGUCCAAGACUUCAUCAGGGCUGUGUGCAAAGAGAGAAUACGGUUGAUGGUGUCUGGUUCAGCUGCUCUUCCACAGCCUGUCCUGGAACGCUGGGCAGAGAUCACAGAUCAUGUGCUACUUGAGCGCUAUGGCAUGACUGAGAUUGGCAUGGCACUCUCAAACUCAUAUAAAGGACCUCGUGUACCAGGUGCUGUUGGAGUUCCUCUGCCAGGAGUAGAAGUGCGUAUCAUGAUGAACAGCAGUAUUGUCAUCGCUGAGGGAACCAGCAAAGGAACACAGGUGAAGGCUGGUUUGGAGGGGAAGGAGGGCGAGCUGUUGGUUCGAGGUUCUUCCGUCUUUCAGAAGUACUGGAACAAACCUCAGGAGACAGAAGAGUCAUUUACUGAGGACAGAUGGUUCAAAACAGGUGACACUGCACUCUACAGAGAUGGCGUGUACUGGAUCAUGGGCCGCACAUCAGUGGACAUCAUCAAGAGUGGAGGAUAUAAGAUCAGUGCGCUAGAUGUGGAGAGACAUCUGCUAGCCCACCCAGAUAUCACAGAUGUCGCUGUUAUUGGUGCUCCAGAUGCCACCUGGGGUCAGAAGGUUACUGCGGUUGUGCAGAUGAGAAAGGGGAAAACAAUGAUUCUGUCUGACCUGAAAGCUUGGGCAAGAGAGCACAUGGCUUCAUACAGCAUCCCCACAGGGCUGAUCCUGGUGGAAGACAUGCCUAGAAACCAGAUGGGCAAGGUGAAUAAGAAGGACCUUCUCCGCCAGUUUUUCCCUGGUGGCUCUCAAUGAACCAGAUUCAAUCCAAGUUUGGCCUUCAGAGAGCUGAGUGUCAAAACCACAGCCUGGAGAACUGCUUCAGAACCGGAUCCAAUAGAUAAUGAAGACUACUUGCUGUGACUGGACAGUAGAGGGCAGCGUAAGGGAUUAGAUUUUUAAAACUUCUGAUUUUGUGGUGCUUUUUCUGAGCAGGUAAUAAAUACGAAUGGUUUUAAAUGUCAAAUGUAUUUAAAUGAUAGUGAUAAUAAAUACAUUAGCAACAUGCACAUUUUAAAAGAUCACAAUGAAAAAUUUUAUAUUUUUGUAAGGAAAUUCUGAAAUAAACUAAUUUAUUUUGA